UGAAACAGAGUCACGUUUCAAAUCGUGGCCCCCUUCAACCUUCAUCUUCCUUCAUCUUUCCGGUCGCGACCUCCCUCUAUCAACUCUUCUCCGAUUCAACUUCCGAUGAGACGAAUGGCGGUGGCUCAACCUUCUCUUCCAUGGCGAAACGGCGGCACGAUACACAAGCAAACGGAAGUCUUUCCAACUCUAAUUCAAAAUUUGGGUUUCGUCUUCCUUCUUCUCUCUUGCUUCGUCUUUCAUCUUCUGCUUCCGAAUUUCUUCAUUGUUUGUUGAUUUUUGAGAACGUUGACGAACCAUUGCGUAUUGCUGAGGAAUGAAGGUGAUGCGUGUUGUUCGUUGUUGAAAUGGUGAUGAAUGUUGAAGAUUUGUUGUUGAGUUCGCUAUGCUUGGUUACAGAUCCGUUGAAAUGAUGUUGUGUGGAAACUUAUGAUAGUGACAACAUCACUUCUUGUUCAGAGGUUUCAUUAUUAGUUAAACCAAACAUUUUUAUGCAUUUCAUUAUAUGAUACAAUUCCAUUUUACUUUGCUGUGUAUAUUUGAAGUUAAUGCUUCCUUUAGCUAUUGCAGUAGUAGCGUUUGUGUAUCCCUCCAACUAUACUCACUCAGGAUAUUGGUUUUCAUCGAUAGCUGCAAGGAGCCUAUUGAGCCAUUGUCAAUUGAAGAAGUAGCUGAACGUUGCCAUGCUCCAGAAGAUCUUGAAGUAAUUUACAAGAUCAUCGCGCAUAUGGCUGCCAAUGAAAGAGCACUAAUUGCUGAAGGGUUAGUAUUUAUGGUGAGGAUUCUCAACAAUUCCUUGUUGGGUUUGCGGAAAAUGUUCGUGCUGCAACCAUUGUGUCUGCAGCUGUGGUUCCACGUAUUACCGGUAAAUGACCUGAAACUCUUGCUUAAUAGUAUUUGUGCUGCUAUCGACGUCCACCACUGCCGCUGGUCCCAUUUGCCACUGUUCUUAACACCGACAACUAAUCUCUGAUUGACAUUGCUUUGGCGUUGGGUAAGUUCUUUUUUUUCUUUCAUUUUUUGGGAUUGUGAGAUUAGGAGCUGUUUUGAGACUGUUUUGCCACUGUUCUAAUGUUGAUUUUGAAUAUAACUCGAUUAUAAUUUUCGUGUUAUGAAUUCUCGUAAGAUCAGACUCAGAGUUGGAAGUUGUACAGCUUAUUCUCGUAAAAGCAGAAAGUUGAGGUUACUGAUAUAUCAGGUUUGAAAGCAUUUUCUCUUAUCAGCAUACAACCUGGGGUCAAUUUGUUUUAAUCUUUUUUCUUAUCACCAACUAAUAAUAAUUUAAAUUAUGUGUUUUAGACUUAAAUCAUCUCUGUUUUACUUUUAUGACUUAUUGUUGUUUCUCUGAACUUUUAAAAGCUGAGAACCAAAUUAAAUUGAAGACCUAUCUAGAAGUUAAUAUGGCUUUGAAUCCAUAUGUGGAAUCUAUUUCCCUUCAGACUUAUAUUUUUCUUCUUCAUACAAGUAGCUGUUUUACAAAAGAUUGUAAUGGAUUGUUUGCUUAUUAGGUUUUGAAAGUGAAUGUUAUCUAUACUUUGUGCUUGUGUAGUUUAUUAUUUGAAGAGAUUGUUGGAAUCUUACUGAUAGAAGCUGUAAAACAGACACUGAACUUGUUCCUCUGAGCUUAUUUGAAGGAAAUAGGGUCAGUUAACGUUUUAUUUAAUGCUUAGUUUCAUUUUGUUUCAUGUUAUUAUCUCAUCCCUGAUUACGUUGCUUUUAUUAAUUUCAGAAUUUAAGUAAGCUCUUGUACCACAUUAUAGUAGAGUUAGGCCUUGUUUGGAAGUAGUGAUAUCUUAUAAGUGUUUGUGUAUAAGCUAUUUAUGUAACAAGAGAUAAAUAUGAAAUUGUCAGGUGAAUCCCAUGAUGUGUGGAAUGUCCUAAUUGACUAAAGAAUACAGUUAAAUGAGCCUAAAUCUAAGGAUAUACAAUUUGUAUCUGUCAUAAAAGAUUUCCUAAAAUACUACACAAGGUCCUCCACAGACUGUUUUGUCCAUGUUCUCUUAUUCUCUUUCUCUUGUUGUCAUAAAUUUUGUGUGCAGAUUCAGCUGGAUGUUGAUGAUAUUGAAAAUAUACUAAACAGUUUGGUUCAACUAGAUGUGGUAAAUACCCUUUAAUUUUUGUCAAAAUUGUAAAUUAUUUGAAUGAUUGUUGUCUAAUUUGAGAUUAUGGACUGUGGUUUUAAAAUGCGGCUGCGAUUACAUUGGAGCCUUUAUAUUGCGGGGAUAUGCUAUCAUUCAGCAUCAAUGGUGUCGGGCGUACGGAAGGAUCAAUGGAUGCUACUAAUCUUUUCAAACCAAUGCUUGCUCGUGGACAACUUAGAUGCAUUGGGGCUACAAUACUUGAUGAAUAUAGGAAGUAUGUUGAAAGGGAUGCAACAUUUGAAAGGAGGUUUCACAGGUUUAAGUGGCUGAACCUAGUGUGCCCGAUACUAUUAGUAUACUUCGUGGAUUGAAAGAGAGAUAUGAGGGCCAUCAUGGUGUUAGAAUUUGUUGUUGCAGCUCAGUUGUCUAGUUGGUACAUAACUGGGCAUCAUCUUCUUGACAAGGCAAUUGAUUUAGUCAACGAGGCAUGUGCAAAUGUGAGAGUUCAACUUGAUAGUUAGCCAGAAGAAAUUGACAAUCUUGAAAGGAAGAGAAUGCAACUAGAAGUGGAGCUUCAUGCUCUAGAGAAAGAGAAGGACAAAGCUAGCAAAGCCCAUCUUGUAGAUGUAAGUAUAGAUGCUGAGUUUUUAUCUUAAGUAGGAAUUCAAAUUCAAAUUUGCCAUGUAGCAUCAAAUGAUAUAUUAGACUAUGAAUACAUAUUUAUUCAAUGACUGAUAAAUAACUUAGUUAAUCAAACUUUAUUCAUUUAACCUCAGUGUUGGACAAUGGUGCAAAGUAUGUGUUUUUUUGUAGU